CAGCCCGGACUCGCCAAGCGGAGACCGAGCGCGUGUGCAGGGAGGGUGGAGACAACACGGCAGGGAGAUACCCCUUUGGCCUGCUGUACGGAAGCCUGCGAGGGAGGGAUUUGACCGCUGUCCCUGCGUUGCCCGGUCCCGUUUGUCCCGAUGCCCAGCGCCAGCGCCAGCCGCAAGGGUCAGGAGAAGCCGCGGGAGAUCAUGGACGCGGCAGAAGAUUAUGCUAAAGAAAGAUAUGGAGUAUCUUCAAUGAUACAGUCACAAGAAAAACCAGAUCGAGUUUUGGUUCGAAUUAGGGACUUGACAGAACAAAAAGCUGAUGAAGUCGUGUGGGUGCGUGCAAGGGUUCAUACAAGCAGAGCUAAAGGGAAGCAGUGUUUCCUAGUCCUGCGACAGCAGCAGUUCAAUGUCCAGGCUCUUGUGGCUGUGGGAGACCAUGCAAGCAAGCAGAUGGUUAAAUUUGCUGCCAACAUCAACAAAGAGAGCAUCGUGGAUAUAGAAGGUGUUGUGAGAAAAGUGAAUCAGAAAAUUGGAAGCUGUACACAGCAAGAUGUUGAGUUACAUGUUCAAAAGGAAGGACGAGCAACUGUUAACCAAGAUACCAGACUAGACAACAGAGUCAUUGAUCUUAGGACAUCAACUAGCCAGGCUGUCUUCCGUCUCCAGUCUGGCAUCUGCCAUCUCUUCCGAGAGACUCUAAUUAACAAAGGGUUUGUGGAAAUCCAGACUCCCAAAAUUAUUUCAGCUGCCAGUGAAGGAGGAGCCAAUGUCUUUACUGUGUCCUAUUUUAAAAACAAUGCAUACCUGGCUCAGUCCCCACAGCUGUAUAAGCAGAUGUGUAUCUGUGCUGACUUUGAGAAAGUUUUCUGUAUUGGACCAGUGUUCAGAGCUGAAGACUCCAAUACCCACAGACAUUUAACUGAAUUUGUUGGUUUGGAUAUUGAAAUGGCUUUUAAUUACCAUUACCAUGAAGUGGUACAAGAGAUUGCUGACACCUUGGUCCAAAUAUUCAAAGGGCUGCAAGAAAGGUUUCAGAUUGAAAUUCAAACCGUGAAUAAACAGUUCCCAUGUGAACCAUUCAAAUUCUUGGAGCCAACUCUACGAUUAGAAUAUUGCGAAGCAUUGGCUAUGCUGAGGGGAGCUGGCAUUGAAAUGGGGGAUGAAGAGGACCUGAGGUUUGUCUAUGAUACAGAUUUUUAUAUUCUCGACAAGUAUCCCUUGGCUGUCAGACCUUUCUAUACCAUGCCUGACCCAAGAAACCCUAAACAGUCCAACUCUUACGAUAUGUUUAUGAGAGGGGAAGAAAUAUUGUCAGGAGCUCAAAGAAUUCAUGACCCUCAGCUGCUAACAGAGAGAGCCUUACAUCAUGGAAUUGAUUUAGAGAAAAUUAAGGCUUACAUCGAUUCCUUCCGCUUUGGAGCGCCUCCUCAUGCUGGUGGAGGGAUUGGGUUGGAACGAGUGACGAUGCUGUUUUUGGGGUUGCACAAUGUCCGUCAAACCUCGAUGUUCCCCCGUGAUCCUAAACGACUCACUCCUUAGAGGAAGCCGUGCUAUUUAUUCUGCUGUACCUUAGACACUUACUGUAUGCAAUAGGGUAAAUGUCUUAUCUAAAGUGCCACAAUUAAUUUUUUUAUUAAUUCAAGAUAGGUUGAUUCAAAAUGAAGAUUUUUAUACUUUCAGCAUGUUCAGCAGGAAAUACUUGAACAUUUUAAUGAAAAAUUCAUAUGGUUAUGCUGUAAAAUCAUAUUCUAAUACCACAGUAAAUGUUAACAGUUUUAAACAGUUAAACCAUGUAAUUUUUUUCUUUCCUAUAUUAAACUGGCCACAAAAUUGAGGUCUUAAAUUUUUAACAUUUGAACUUAUCAUUUCAAUUACGACGGUGAAAUAACAGUUGGAGAAGUAUCUAACAUUUUUGUUAAAGAAUAAUUGGUUUAUCAUGAAAAGUUAGAAAGUUUUCAUACUUAAAAAUUAUAUAAAGCAGGUAAAAAUACUAGUUGGAAAACAUUUAAUAUAAUGUAUUAGAUUGGUAUAAUGUAAACCUGGGUUUCAAUAAAAUUUCAAAGCUAA